AUGCGCGUCAAAAUAAAUGAACAUCUCGACAGUAUCGAGCAAAAUAUACUACAAGAUUUGGGAGAUAUAGAAAAGAGAGUUAGCUCAGAGCUAAGAUGUAUUCAAACAAAACUUCUCGGUCGUACCAAAACCGUAGAAGAGCUACAGACCAAUAUUUCUGCAAUUAAGAAAUAUGCAUCUGAAUUACAGAUUUUUGUUGGAAUGAAAAAAAUUGAGAAGGAUAUAGACCAUGAAGAAAAGUUGGUGGUGUCAUUGUUAGAAGAUGGUAGUCUACAACAAGUUGAUAUCGAAUUUAAAGAGAAUCGCAAAAUGUGCGACGUAUUAGCCAUAGCAGAAUAUGGAAAAAUAUCCCGGAUUGCUAGUUCUCCCACAGUUGCCAUUAAGCUUGAGAAAAAUAAACAAGCCCAAUUCUUGGUCGCACCUUCUUUUGAAAAGAAAACUAUUAAUGAUAUUCAUUUGUCUUCGCAUAGAAAACUUAAUAUACCCGAAUUUAAUAAACAAAGUAUGUUUACAGGAUGUACAAUCACACCUACAGGUAAGAUAGUUCUUGUGGACUGGGAGUGUGACAAUGUAUUCGUCCUUAACGAGAACGAAACAUUAGAAUGUAAAAUAAACGUAUCAAGACGGCCUGUAGAUGUCACUUGUAUUGAUGACAAAACUAUAACAAUUACCCAUAACGAUCCAUAUAGUAUUUUUAAAUUCGACACAAUAAACAUAUCUUCUAAGCAAAUAGAGAAAGAAAUUGGUUAUUUUAGUUGUUGUUGUGGAAUAACAAAUGAUCCAGGAAGGCUAAUAUUUUGUUCUUCGGGAAGAGGUAUUCCGUCUAUAGAUUUUGCUGGUAAUAAUUUUUCCACUAUAGUUAAGAUACCAAGGAUGUCUGACUGGAAUUAUGUUACAGUUUCUGGUGGUAAACUUUAUCAUACAAACCAUUCAACUGACACUGUCACAUGUUACAGCACCAUAGGAGAGAAGGUUUGGGAAUACAACGAUGAAUCAUUUCUGAAGAAUAUACGUGGUGUUACUACUGACAAGGAUGCCAAUGUUUAUGUUGCAUCCUAUGGGAAUAACAGUAUCGUCGUUAUAUCACCCGAUGGGAAACACGCCAGAUGUCUUAUAGGGAAAGAUGAGGGUUUACAUCAACCGCAUGGUAUUUACCUUGACAAAACCAGGAACAAUCUGCUUAUAUCAUGUUAUAAUGGAGACGUUCAUAUGCAUAAGGUGUCAUGA